AUGGCACACACACGCGAGCUCCCGAUCCCCGGCUCGCUUCUGCUGCUCGAUGAGCACGCUGCCGGAGCCGAGGGUGAGAUCAUCCUCCACCCGACGCCGUCGCGCGACGUCAACGACCCGCUCAACUGGAGCCCGAUGCGCAAGCAGCUCGCGUUUGCGAUGCUUGUCGUGUAUACCGUCUCGGCGGGCUUUGGCGCCUGCUCUCUCUACUCGGUCCUCUCGCCCCUCAGCGAGGAGAAGGGCAUCCCCCUGUCGACGUUGAACGCGGGCACGGGCUACAUGUUCCUCCUCCUCGGGUGGGGCGGGAUCAUCACCCAACCCCUGGCACAGACGUUCGGCAAGCGCCCUAUGUACCUCGCCUCGCAGCUCGGCCACCUCGGAUGCAUCAUUUGGAUGGUGUACAUCAACACCGAGGGGCAGUGGCUGGCCAACAAGGUUCUCCAGGGGUUAUUCACCGCCCCGAUCGAGAUGCUCAUCGAGGUGUCAAUUGCCGACAUGUUCUUCGCCCACGAACGAGGCUUCUACAUGGGCCUGUACGCCACUGCAUUGUACGGAGGCAACUUCUUGGCGCCAGUGUGGGCAGGCUUUGCGAACGACGGGCUUGGCUGGAAGUGGGUAUUCUGGCUGUCGGCCAUUCAGCUUGGCGUAGGCACCAUCAUCCUCUUCCUCUUCCAGGAAGAGACAAACUAUAAUCGCGGAACGACGGAGUUGGGCGAGCAGCACGGAACUCCGCGCUCGCGCUCCGACUCUGAAGCCGAGGCCGGCGAUGACGAAAAGUACGGCCGCGGAGACAAGAUCGAUCGCACCGUGUCUGUCCCCGCCACUCGGCCUCCACUCGAGGGCACGCCAUACUCGUUCACCUACAAGCUGAGGCUUUAUCGCGAGACGUACACUACGCUGUCGACGCUAGUGGCGCAGGCGUACCGCCCUAUCUUGCUCUGGCGCUACCCCGUCGCUGUUUGGUCGGGCUUCCUGUACGGCUCUUCGCUGGUAUGGUACAAUGUCUUCAACGCCACGGCCUCUCUGGUCCUCACGCAAAACUACCACUUCAGUCCCAGCAUGGUCGGCCUGUCGUACCUCGGCCCCACGAUCGGCGCUUGCGUCGCGGCCGUGUGGUCGGGCUGGGCGGCCGACAAGUUCCUGCUGUGGGAUGCGCGGCGCAAAGGCGGUGUCCGCGAGCCCGAGGACAGGCUGUGGCUGCUUGCUUUGAAUGCCAUCCUGCUGCCUGCGGGCUUGAUCCUGUGGGGCGUCGGUGCGGCGAACCACAUCCACUGGUUCGGCCUCGUGUUUGGCGGAGGCCUCGUCGCCUUCACCUCGGCCUCGGCGGGCGCCUUUGCGAUCAACUACGUGCUCGACAGCUACAAGGACCUCGGCGGCGAAGUCAUCCUGUCCAUCAUCCUUAUCCGCAACUCGCUGUCCUUUGCGAUCGGGUACGGCAUCACGCCAUGGCUCAACAUGGGCCUCCAGAACACGUUUAUCACCGCCGCCAUGGUCGGCAUGGUCAUCUACGGGUCCUUUGUGGUUGUCAUCAAGUUUGGCAAGACAUGGCGCAAGGCCAGCAGGGAGAGCUACUGGCGCUAUGUGGAGUCGAGCGUCAUGCCAAGCCACUAG